AUGUCCGAUUCAAAACGGCCGUCUUUGAGAGCCUUUAUCAGGCGCCUCAACCCUGUAAAAGGCAACGAAUCAAACAGUGACCCUACAGGCACUGCUGCGAGUACGCCGCUCGUAUCCCAGAACAGAUUAUCAGCUGGUUUGCCGUCUGCGUCAGCAUCUUCCAUAUCUGUACCUCCAGUGAGUGUCGCUGGUACCAAAGAUCCGCGAUCAGAAAAUGGUUCGGUCGGAUUGUCAGCCUCAAAGGCUGAACCUACCGCCACCAUAUCGACAACUGAUUAUGAAUACAACGGUCAGAAAGAGCUGUUCCAGAAGCUUUGGAAAGAGGCAAUCGAUAAUGUCCAGGCAUCAAAAGACGGUGAAAAGUUGUCAGAAGUCAUUCGAGCUCAGGAACAGAGUUCAACAGAAGGUGCUCAAAUUACCCUGCCAGACUUGAUAAAGAGACUGGAAACUGAGAUGGAGCGUUUUGGUACACGCAAAAGGUUGGCUGAAGCGAUGGAAAAGAUUGUCCCGCAUCUCAAUCGAUUCGCUGUUGUUGGCGAUAUCGCUGUUAGCACGAAUCCCAACCCUGCUGCCCUCCCAUGGGCCGCUGUACGCUUCCUUCUUAUGAAUCUUACAGCUGGUGAAGAGAUCAGAGGCAAGAUUGUCGAGGGCAUCGCCGAAAUCACUAUUCUAGUCUUCGAGUGCAGCGUUUACCACGAGCUUUACCUCACUUCAUCCGCUUCCACAGACCUUCCUAUAAAUGCGAGCCUCCGACAGACAAUUAUUGAUGCGCUCUCUCACUGUAUAAGGUUUCUUGUAUUUGCUCUUCGUCGCCAACAAGCAGCAGCAAAGGCCUUCACAGAUGCCUUUCGCCUAGAGGAUUUUACCGGAUAUUUGAAAGACCUCAAUGUUUCGAAAGACAAGCUACAUGAUGCUGGUUCACUCUGUGAAAUACAUCAUAGCUCUCAAAGCCGAGAUCAACUUAGGUCUUUGCAUGAUUUGAUCGUCGAUAUGAGGCUGGAGUCCAGUGAAAGGGCGGAGGAAAGGGUCAAGUCGCAGCUGAGGAAUCUCCUUGUUGAUCCCAAAGAUGUCUUCGAUCAUAUUUACCACCCACACGACUCCUUGUGUCUUCAGGGAACGCGAGUACAGGUUCUCCAUGACAUAGAAAAAUGGGCUCACGAUCCCUCAAGUCCGACCAUCUGUUGGCUUCCAGGCCUUGCUGGUACCGGCAAGAGCACAAUUUCACGUACUAUUUCUCGAAAUCUAAAGACCAAAAGCCUCGGCGCUAGCUUCUUCUUCAAGAAAGGUGCAGGCAAUCGAGGAAAUGGUCGACAUUUGUUCUCAAUACUGGCAUAUCAACUGGCCUUAUACCUCCCUCCCAUUCUCCCAUAUAUCUUGGAGGCUGUGAAGGAGGAUCACUCGCUCAACAUGGCACCUAUUCAAAUCCAAUGGCAGAAGCUGAUCCUAAGUCCACUUUCCAGACUCCAGGACGAGGGGCUCGCUAAGCCUAUUGUAUUCGUUCUUGACGCAUUGGAUGAGUGUGACGAACAAGAUCGUGGCGAGAUCUUUCGUCUAUUACUGGCGACAUGCCCGGUGGUACUGCGAGUCUUUCUCACCAGCAGACCAGAGCUUGAUAUCGUGGGACACUUCGCGAAUGAACCGCUUCAUAAAGAAAUCGUGCUUCAUAAGCUCCAGGUUGGAUCUAUAGAAAGCGACUUCCGUGUCUACCUCCGUCAGGCGAUGGGGAGCUUCGUGGCAGAGUACAAUCGUACUCAUCGCCAGAAGCAUAUGCAGUUAUCCCCAGACUGGCCUGGAGAGGAACGAUUCGAGCUACUGCUUCACAAAGCCCUACCACUAUUCAUCGCAGCUGCGACUUUUGUGCGCAUGAUCUGUGAUAGACACUGGGCAAAGAGUCCUGAUUAUAAAAUCGACUUCAUCAUCGAUAAGUCCUCGAGAGUCAGUUCCGCGUAUGAGGCUCUGUACAAGCCUGUCCUGAGCCUCAUAUUGAGUGGUGCGCCUGAUGAAGACAAGGACGAGGUUAGACAAAGCUUUUUGGAUAUCAUUGGAUCUCUUGUCCUACUCGCUAGUCCUCUGCCGAUAGUUCCACUGGCUAACCUUCUGGGCGUUGAUGCAUGGUCUAUAUCCAGCCAGAUCGACCCUUUGCGUUCUGUGAUCGAUGUCCCUGAAGAUGAUGGCCCUCUCCGACUAUUCCAUCUUUCGUUCCGAGAUUAUAUCCUGAGUCAAUCUGCUGGGGAUCUACAGGUGAGCGAACUGGAGACACAGGCCAGACUCGCAAGUAGAUGUCUGGGUCUUAUGAGAGAAACAUUAAAGGCUGAUAUCUGUGGAAUUUUGUCACCUGGGAAGAGUCUAUCAGAUAUUGAACCAUCUGUUAUCGAUGAUCAUUUGUCCGCCGAGAUUCAGUAUGCAUGCUUGUAUUGGAUUCACCAUCUCAAAUCAGCUGGCAGGCGUGUUGAUGACGAAGAUGAUGCGCAUCGCUUUCUUCAAAGUCAUUUUUCGAACUGGCUUGAGGUUUUAUGUCUCCUCGGAAGACUUGACGAUGCCCUUCGGACACUCCAAGAGUUACAAAGUAUGGUUGACGAGACUUCUGGAGCAAGUGUACUGCAAUUCAUUCGAGACUCAAUACAGUUCAUUCGCUAUUUCCGCACCGGCAUAGAAGAAACACCUCUCCAGAUAUACCAUUCCGGAACCAUCUUCAGUCCAAAAGGGAGCAUCGCUCCAACUCCACUCAAGGACCGUCACUACCCCGACUAUAUCAUGCAGCCCUCCAACGUAGAUUUAAACUGGCCACAGAGCCAGAGCCUUCAGAUUGUUAAUGAAAGACUAUCACAGCUGGCAUUUCUUCCCGAUAACAAAUUAGCCUCGAUUUGCAACAUGGGAAAUCUUAGAGUUUGGGACCCGAGGUCAUGUUCUCGUUUGCGCAGCAUAAGUCACGGCUUUAAGCGGGGAUAUAUAACGACUCUAGCAUGUUAUAACAGCAGAAUUAUAGCAGCUGGAUGGCCUGAUAUGAUCAGGGUUUGGGAUCUUGACACUGGUGCAGGCGUUUGGACCCUUGAAGGUUUAUCUGGUGCCGAAAGUAUUGCAUUUUCUGAUGAUGGCAAUUUUAUUUGCUCAGUCUGUACGCGUUAUCUUGAAAGUGUAGCGUUAAUCUACAGGCUUGACACAGGUAAGUGCGUCUCUGAGUUUGAGAUACCAGACAAUCCCCGACCUGUACUCUUGUCACCAAAGGGUCAGUGGAUAGCGGCCAUCGCUCAGAACUUUAUGCUUCUUUCACAAUGGGGUCACUCCCAAAAGCCUUCCUGGACUUUCCUCGGACCUCAACACGAGAAUGACAUCGUAAGAUUCUCAAGCGAUGGCACUUUGGUCUCUUCACUAUCAUCGGCAUUUAAAAUGGUUAAGGUCUGGAGCACAGAGUCACACAAGUGUCUUCAUACACUGCGCUUUGAAACGCCGAUCGUCCAUGACCAACUGGCUCUCAACAAGGACUGGCUGAUAGUCAGUCUGAAUAAUCAUCGGACUCUCGUCCAUGACAUGAAGACCGGGGCCGUGUUCAAGACUGUCUGCAAUCGCUUCAUGGCUGGACCCGUUAUCUCAGACGACGGAGCCUUGCUCGCCGGCCAGUCGCUGGAAGCAGCCGUCAGGAUAUGGGAUCUUACAUCAAGGACUUCGACAGACAGCACAGCCAUCCGACGACCAAUGGGGGUGGAUUUGGUGACACCUUUUAGGGACGCUAACACCAUACUCUCCCAUAGCUGGGGGGACAUCAAGAUCUGGAAUAUGGUGAGUGCAGUCUGCAAAGAAGCACUAGAACCAGAAGUCCCCUUGGAGACCCAGACAUUCGUAGCAGCUGCGACGAGUGCCCCGGUAUUUGCGAUAUUGAAAGAUACAACCGUUGAAAUUUGGAACACCAAUCCUUUACGUCAUGUCGGCACCUUGGAGCGGACGUUCAGUUGUCUUGGGGAGCGUUAUUAUUGCCUCGCAAUCUCUGCAAACGGUGAACGACUGGCUGUUGGGUCGUCAGAGCCAGGUACAGUUGAGAUCUGGGAUGUGAAAAAUGCAGUUCUCCAGUAUACACUGGACGUUCCCCUGAAAGACUUUCCUUGUGUCGCUUUUUCAUCAGACGCUUCCAAGAUUGCAUAUCUAAUCUGGGGAGCCAUCGAGGUUCGCUGUCUCCCUGGACUCAAAAAGCUGACUAUCAAAACUGGGAUGGAGCCCGGAGUGUCUUUUAUACGCACUCUAGCAUUUCGAGGCGAACGACUCAUAGGGGUAGAUUUGAACACCCAGGUGCAGGUCUGGAAUACAUCUACAGGGGAAAGUCUGUUUCUUUCCCAGCCUUGUCCGGAGCUCCCGCAUGUCGGCAUGGGAACCAGCUUUCUCAACCUUGAUGCGGUUCUUCAACUUGGUCAAGCUGACAAUAACGUACUGGGAGCAUAUUACAUCGGUCACGAUCCCGCUUGGGUUAUGAGAAAUGGUGAGAGGAUACUCUGGCUGCCACCAGAUUACAAACCCGAGUCCGCAUACAUGUCGGGAACGACGAUGGUCCUUGGAACGUAUUCCGGGCGUGUACUAUUCCUGUACCUGAAGGGGUAG